AUGACAAGUGCACCACCACCAAUUUUAAAUGCUGUGAGCGAUAAACUCAGAUAUGCACAGGAUGAAAUUCUCCGGAUGAGGAUUACUGUAUUCCAUCAACAACGAGGUGUUUUCCGGAGCAGUAUGCACGAUGUCAGCUUUCAUUUGAACAUCCACAAAUGGAUAAGUUGUAUUAGGAAACGAAUGAAGCGAUGUUCGAAGUACGAUCACAUAGUUUUUGUUGCACGUUUAGAUGAGGAAGUGCAUUCGUUUCCACAGCUGUUUACAAAAAGAAUGGAAGAAUCAUUAUUCUUCCUUCUGUCCGGAAAAGAUAGCGACGAAGGAGCGCUACUGAUGUGA